AUGCGGCUGAUCCAGGAAACGGACAGGAUUUUUAUUCUACUCUCAUCUACACCAGUAAACGAUACCUUCUGCAAGAUAGAGUCUAGCAUCCACAUCCUUGCCAUGUUGCUCUCCACAUGGUUGGUAGUGGGACUCUCGCUGCAUAGAUUCGUGUGCGUCCACUUUCCCAUGACACGGGGACGAUUCUGUACCCGGAAGAAAGCUAUUGUCGUCUGCUCCACAAUGCUUGGUAUAUCAAUUGUCCUCAUCGUGCCCAUUGUGUUUAAGGUACAAGCUGUGAAUGAACAGUGCGUGUCUUCAGAUGAACUCUACUAUUACCUGGCGGUCAUUCGCCUUCUCAUUGCCUCGUCACUGCCUUGUGUAGCCAUCUUGGUACUAAACAUCCUCAUAAUCAUUCAAAUAAGACGCAGCAAUGCCUUCCGGAACACGUUUGCAAGGGCAAGGUCCCAUUCAGCCAAUCACCAUAUGCAUUGGUGCAUGGUGAUAAAGUCUGUUGUGGCUUUUGCUGUUGCCAGCCGCUGUGACGAGUCUUCAAUAAUUUGCUGA